AUGGCGUCCAACGGCACACUCACCAACGGGACGAUUCCGGGGAAUGGCACCGGUCAGAUGAUUUACGCGAAGCCGAUAAUAAACCUCUACGGGCUAGUGGACGGACAGUGCCCACAGAACCGAACGAUGCCACCAAAUGACGUGCGGACAACCCCUUUCAAGGGCAACCUCGACAUAUUCAAGACGUGCUGCAAUAUGACCGAUACGUCGCAGGAUCUGGUCACGCUCUCCGACACGGAGCAUUCGGAGAACCCGCUAUGCUGGGGUUACUGUGGGCUGGGCGCGACGGAGGGCUACGCAGACCUCCAGAACCGACGCGAGGCGUUUUACGAGUGCUACGAGACUAAGACGGCGGAACUUGGCCGCGAGAACGCCGGGUUAGAUGGCAUCAUGUGCUUCGGAGACAGGAAAGCCCUCAACAGCAUGCAGGACACUCUUCCGGACAGCGGGCCCCCGAAUAAAGGCGGAGCCCCGGCGGUGGCGGUGACGGGCAAGGGAAUCCGCUCGGCGGUGAUUCCGGGGCUAUGGGUCGUGGGGCUGCUGGCGGAGUUGGCGUUUCUAGGGGCGUGA